GAUGCUGCACAGAAUCCAAUCCUCAGCAUCAGCAGCCAGCGAUCCUCCAUCCUCCUCGCUGUCUCUCUAUUUCUCUUUUUUCCUCCUCCUUUUCACCUCACCUCCUCAUCCCAACACUCUUGCUCUCCAUUUCUCCUGUUCUUGCUCCACUCCGUACGGCGGACACACACCAGGGCCCAGCUGGAGCCCACUGCAGCAGAGGGACGUGUCCAAACAGCAGCAGCAGCAGACGGACUGGAUGCCUUGCUUCAGGCCACUACGGUAGGCCCUAGCAGCAUGGGCGGAGCUUGGGUGGAAAGAGAAAUUACAGAUUGGACCCUUCCCCUCAGGACGGGAGUGGUGGUGGGUCACCCUUUUUCAGCUUCAGAUGGGCGAGGACACUGAGAGCCCCAAAAUUAACCACACCUUCCUGCGAGACUACGUCACCGAAGCUGAUGUCAUCUCUACAGUGGAGUUCAACCAGACCGGGGACCUGCUGGCCACAGGGGAUAAAGGUGGCCGAGUGGUCAUCUUCCAAAGAGAGACAGAGCCUAAAGACGAGUCAGAGGAGGCAGGGGAGACGGGGGACUCGGGGGAGUACAAUGUCUACAGCACGUUCCAGAGCCACGAGCCGGACUUUGACUACCUGAAGAGUCUGGAGAUAGAGGAGAAAAUCAACAAGAUCAGAUGGCUGCCGCAGCAGAACGCAGCACAUUUCCUGCUCUCCACCAACGAUAAGACCAUCAAACUGUGGAAGGUGAGCGAGAGGGACAAGAGACCAGAGGGAUACAACCUGAAAGAUGAGGAGGGACGACUUAAGGACCUUUCUACCAUCACCUCUCUGAAGGUGCCAGCGCUAAAACCAACAGACCUGAUGGUGGAGGUCCGUCCCAGGCGGGUGUUUGCAAACGGCCACACGUACCACAUCAAUUCCAUCUCCGUCAACAGCGACGGGGAGACCUACCUGUCUGCUGAUGACCUUCGCAUCAACAUGUGGCACCUGGACAUCACAGACCGCAGCUUCAACAUUGUAGACAUCAAACCCACCAACAUGGAGGACCUGACGGAGGUGAUAACAGCAGCGGAGUUCCACCCUCAGCACUGCCACCUGUUUGUGUACAGCAGCAGCAAGGGGACCCUGCGCCUCUGUGACAUGAGAGCCUCGGCCCUCUGCGACAGACACACCAAACUUUUUGAGGAGCCCGAAGAUCCCGGGAGCCGCUCUUUUUUCUCAGAGAUUAUUUCCUCCGUGUCGGACGUCAAGUUCAGCCACAGUGGACGCUACCUGCUGACAAGAGAUUACCUCACCGCCAAGGUGUGGGAUCUGAACAUGGACAAAGGCCCGGUGGAAACCUAUCAAGUCCAUGAGUACCUGAGGAGUAAGCUGUGCGCCCUCUACGAGAAUGACUGUAUCUUUGACAAGUUCGAGUGUGUCUGGAACAGCUCAGACAGCGUGAUCAUGACGGGGGCGUACAAUAGCUUCUUCCGGAUGUUCGACAGGGAGACUGGUCGAGGCGUGACCCUGGAGGCCUGGAGGGAGAGCAGCAAGCCUCGGGCCGUGCUGCGGACCCGGCGGGUGUACACGGGGGGCAAGCGGCGCCGUGGCGACGUGGGCGUUGACAGCCUGGACUUCACUAAAAAGAUCCUGCACAUGGCUUGGCACCCGUCUGAGAACAUCAUCGCCAUAGCAGCCACCAACAACCUGUACAUCUUCCAGGAUCGGAUCAACGCUGAGGCGCAGUGACGGGAACACGAACACGUGGUGCUUCUGUUGAAACAGCAACUUGAAUCAUUUUGAAUGUUUUAAACAAGGCAUGAGGAGCUGAGAGAGUUUAGGAGAGGAUUAGGUCGUGCUUUAAAGAGAUUCAGCCUCUGGGAGAUGGAUUAAUUCACCUCAAAGGCUAAUUAAUAAUAAUCAGUCUGCUCGACCACAGAUGUUGAGAUGGACUGAUGUCUCCAGUGCCCAUCAGGACUUGUAUUUGUUGCACUCCCACUUUUUGAAGCUGUUUGUGUAAUUUCCCUGUCAUGGGGCAGUGAAUGGGGUGCAGGGACACCUCUCCAUCUGCAGUGACUCCGUGCUGUUAAUCCCACCAUGUUGCACACCUCACCACUCGUUGAACACAAAGCGGGAAGUGCUUGGUACCAUCACAGAGGAAGCGCUGGAGGCUACGAUUCAUAAAGUUCUUGAGGCGACCGGACGGCCCCGAUCGCACAUUUACAUCAAAGCAUUUAUAAGGUGGAUUGAGUGUAAAUCUUUUCACAUCAUCCAUUCACCUCCUCUGUCGAGUGACAACAGCUGCUGAACCUCUCCUUCCGAGCAGUGCUCCUGGAGAACGCCACAUAAUCUUUGCCCUCUUUAUUUAAGAAACGUAGCAUCAACAACA